UAACUGACCCCUUUUCCCUUUCUUUUUCUUCUUCUCCAUAUCAUGAACACUUGCCUACUUUUCUAAAAUGAAAUUUCAUUGGUUCUUAAUAAUCAACAUUAUUAUUUGCUUUAGCAAUAAUAAUGUUGACAUUCUAGCACAAGCAAAGCAAAAGAAGCUGCUGGGCCGUCCCAAAAAAAUACCCACAAAUUUGGCUAGAAACUGCGAUUUUUAUGAUGGAAAAUGGGUUGUAGAUUAUAAUUACCCACUUUAUAAUUCUCAAAAUUGUCCAUUUGUACUGCAACAGUUUGAUUGUGUAAAGAAUGGCAGGCCAGAUAAAGCGUAUCUCAAGUAUAGAUGGCAACCAACAAAUUGUAACUUAGCCAGGUGGGAUGGAAAGGACUUUGUGAGAAGAAUUAAAAACAAGAAGGUAUUGUUCGUGGGAGAUUCAUUGAGCUUGAAUCAAUGGCAAUCUUUGGCUUGCAUGCUUCAUUCUGCCUUCCCUCGACUUAAUUACACUGUCACCAGAAAUGGACCACUCAUGUCAACCUUUUCAAUUCCUUCGAAGCAAGUGACAUUGAGCUACGUGAGAAAUGCAUUGCUUGUAGACAUAGUGAGGGAGAAAUCAAAAAGAGUACUAAAGCUGGACUCAGUUGCAACUUCUUCAAAGCUGUGGACUGGUUAUGAUAUUUUGAUUUUUGAUACUUGGCAUUGGUGGCUUCACACUGGAAGAAAACAACCAUGGGAUUUGAUUCGAGAUGGGAAAGUCCUACAUCAAGAUAUGGAUCGUUUAAAAGCUUAUGAAAAAGCCUUGGUAACAUGGGGUAAAUGGGUUUCCAACAACAUUAAUUUCAAGAAAACUAAGGUCUUCUUCCAGGGCAUCUCCCCUGAUCAUAGCAAUGGCACCCAAUGGGGAAAAACGACCAACCAAAUGCAAUGCAAGGGGGAACAAAAUCCAGUAAAAAAGCUAAGGUAUUUAGGAGGUCCAGAUGAAGCAGACAUAUUGUUGGGUAAAGUUUUGGGAAAAACAGGAAAGCCAAUACAUAUGUUGAAACUCAACAAAAUGUCACAAUAUAGAGUUGAUGGUCAUCCUUCUAUUUAUGGAAGUCCUAGAUAUAAAGGCAUGGAUUGUACACAUUGGUGUCUCCCUGGUGUUCCUGAUACUUGGAAUCAACUUCUUUAUGCUAAUCUCAUUUAAAUUGAAAACAACAACAA